AUGUUUUCUCACGACAAAUCUUUCUCGUGGCUGACUCAGUUGAUUCGUGUCGCCCCGAAGGCCCGGAAGGCGGAUACACUUGCACAGGCGAUGCCUCCCAUGACCGACGCUGCCCGUGUUGCCGGGCUGACGAUUACGCCCCGUUCGGUCUCCACUUGCUCGCUCUCUAUGAAAAUUCUCGCGCGCUUCCCGGUUGUCCUGGCCUUUAUCGUCGCAAUUUUUGUGGCCGAAUCUUCCUCGAUGUACCUCUCCGGUGCUUGUCCCAGUGGAGAAGACGACCGUGGAGAGGCUAUCCAGCAGAGCGAUGGCGGCAACGUCGGCGGCAGCAGCAGCAGCAGCAGUGGAGGACAUUCCUUCUUCCACGACUACUUUUACAAAGUCACGUCCCUGGACAACGUCACGAUUGGUGAACGUCAAGUCUUCAGCGACGAGGACGAGAAACAAAGGCAGCAAUUCAACAAUCUUUCGAAAGAGAUCUUCCAUCAUUAUCGUGAGCCUCCCAGUCUAUCGAUCGAGGAAGGCAAGGCGCACUGGGAGACACUAAAGGGCCUUUGGAGGCAACGCUCUGAGCUCAUCGCAAGCGCGUCAGAUCUCCUCAAGAAAAAGAUGAAAAGACUGGCGAGGGAGGGAGAGUGGAGAAUCUGGGAGGGUGCUCGGCCGCCUGCACAUUUGCCCGAAAAUCUCACGCCUCGAUCUGUCACGAUUCCCCCGCAGUGCAGGGAUGUGUGGAGGAGUGAACCAUCGUCGUCAAGCCACCAUUAA